GCCCAGUGCUCAUGCUCCAGCAGCAGCAGCGGAGUCAAUCCAGUCAACAGAAACUGCCAGCAUGGCAGCAAAACACGUUUACCGACAGGGCUUUUUAUUACUUUUAUUUAACUUUAUGUCAGCCGCAGCCCUGGAGAGAAGGUUCUCCGACAUUAAGAGAUGCGCCGAUAUGGAGUGCAGCAUGCUGCUGUGUCGGGGGAAAGCUGUGAAUGAUUUCUCAGGACCUGAUUGUCGGUUCUUGUCUUUCAAGAAAUCUGAAACCGUCUAUGUAUAUUACAAGCUGUCAGGAAGAAGGCCUGACAUAUGGGCCGGAAGUGUUGGAAGCCACUUUGGCUAUUUCCCAAAAGACCUUCUGGCAGUUAACCACAUUUAUACUGAUAACGAAUAUGAAGUUCCAGCUGAGGAAACAGAUUUUGUCUGUUUUGACACUGGAUUUGACAAGUUUGAUAAUUAUGAUGUAGAUUUGCUCCUUGGCUUGUCAGCAGAGGAGAAUGAUAGCGAAAACAACAAAACAUCUUACCAAGUCCAAGCAGCAGAAGCAAUAGAAACAGGAGAAGAAGUAGCUCAGAGUGAAAAAAAAACUGAGCAUCAUGAUAACUUGGAGGAGUUUCAUAAAGCCCCUAAUGAUCAAAGUGCCUCUUCAGCCGUUUUUGAUCAGUCAGCUGAAACACCUUUACAAAACAUAAUGGAGUCCAAUGCAGAAGUUGCACGUGAUGCUACAGAAGCUGAAGAGGUUAAGGAAAAACAUGUACCAGAGUCUGUCCCUGAAAACUUGUCAGAAAAGAGGGAAACCAAAGAUACACCCACAAAAUCUGAAGUAGAGUCUGUGCCCAAAGAUGAUUUUGUUUCAAAAAGCGAACCAGUCCCAUCUUCUGAAGGAGUUCAAAUCCCUGAGUUGAAAACGACCAUUGGUCCAACUUUUGAUGCCACCGUCACCGAUGAAGAAAUCACCAAGAAAAUUACCCCAUAUGAAGAAGAGGAGGAGAGUGUAGACAUGGAAAACCAUCCAGAAAGUGGCACUAAUGUUAAAGAAGAAACUCCACUGUUCUCUUUUUCAGAAGACUCCAUCAACACUCAACCAUCUGUGGAAAUCCCUAAGUUAAAAACGACCCUUGGGACAACUUUCGAUGCUGUGAUCACAGAUGAAGACACCACCAAGAAAGUUACCCCGUAUACAGAGGAGGACAGUGAAGAUGUGGAAGAUCAUCUCGAAAAUAAUACUGAUACUAAAGACGAAACUCCACUGCUGUCUUUUUCAGAAGAAUCCAUCAACACUCCAGCAUCUGACUCUAUUAAAAAGCCUGAAACUCCACCAGCGACACCUGAGGAUAAACCAAAGACAGCAGAGGAAAAGAACGUGUGGACAUCACUCGGAGAUGCUGUGUUUUCAGCUGUCACCGGAGUAGACAUAACCACACAAGAAGUGAAUUCAGAAGAAGAGGACGAUGAUGAUGAGCGAGUGCCAAUCCCCAAGUUAAAAACUACCCUUGGGACAACUUUUGAUGCUGUUGUAACAGAUGAAGAAAGCACCAAGAAAGUUACACCAAAUCCAGAAGACGACAGUGAGGAUGUGGAAGAUCAGCCCAAAAAUAAUAGUGAUACUAAAGAGGAAACUCCACUGCUGUCUUUUUCAGGAGAAUCCUCUAACACUCCAACACCGGAGUCUCCUAAAAAUCCUGAAAGUCUGCCAUUGACACCUGAGGAUAGACCAAAGACAGCAGAGGAGAAGAAUAUGUGGACAUCACUCGGAGACGCUGUGUUUUCAGCUGUCACUGGAGUAGACAUGACAGCAAAAAAAGUGAAUGAAGAGGAAGAUGAGGACGAGGAAGACGAGGAGGAAGAGGAUGUAAAAACCCAUGAUGAAUCACUCUCGGUAAAAUCCCCAAAGGACUCAGAGAACAUGGAGCCAGUUCUUCAAGAUUCUUUGAAUUCUACAUCUGAUAAUUCUGAUGUGAAUGAAAGAACCAGUGACUCAGAGAAAAUUUUGUCUGAUAAGAAUGAAAAUGAUGUAGAAGUCACUGGACAUAAGGAAGCUCAGGAUGAAACCAAAAAAUCAGCAGAGGAUCAAAUAGAGCAUCUAACGGAGGGGAUGAGAAUAUCCACGGAGCCACUGCCACAAGAUAAUAAUUUAGACAACCAUGAGGCUGAAGUAACACAUAUAAAAACCACACAUGAAGCCACUGAAGACAAAGACGAGCAGGAGGUGCCCAAGGAUUCAGAGAUCGCUGAAGACAAAGACGAGCAGGAGGUGCCCAAGGAUUCAGAGAUCACUGAAGACAAAGACGAGCAGGAGGAGCCCAAGGAUUCAGAGAUCGCUGAAGACAAAGACGAGCAGGAGGUGCACAAAGAUCCAGAUGUCACUGAGGAUAAGGCAGCAAUACCAGACAGUAUUGCUGCUGCAGAGCAGGAAUUAGAGAGUGCAGUGGAUGAAAAAGAAAACAUGACCGAAAGUGAAAAACACCUCGACUUGUCCGCUAAUGAGAGGUCCAGUGACUCAGACCUCAGAGAUGAUGAUAAUGUAGUAAAUGACAGCCUGCCUAAUCAGAUACCCAAUGAUUCAAUGACAGAUUUAGGAAGUAAUAACAGUCAAACAGAAUUACAUAUUGAUGAGCCAGAGAUUCAGGAUGCACUGCAUACAAGGGAGAUGAUGGAAGAAUAUGAGACUCCAGAUGCGGAGGAGGAGAACGAUGAAGAGAGAGAAGAAUUACUUGAAGAUGAAAACGCGCUUUUGUUCUCGCAGUCAGACAAAACCUUGCCUGAAACAAGUCCACCUACCGUGUCACCUCCAGAGCCAGAAUACAGCGAAAGCGUAAUGAGACUGACUCUGCUGUGGGAUCACUUCACAGAGGAGAAGAUGGAGCAGGUCCAAAAGCUUCUGGGUCUAAAAAAUCUCUUCAAACUGGAGGCCAUGUUCAUGGAUCUGGACAUAGAGUUUCAGGCUACCCGUCAGUCACAGACGGGUACUACAGAGGACAUUGAAAAUGCGCUCGAAGGCAUCCUGGAAGCCUCUGAGAACACUAUCUUGGACGAGAUUGAGAAGAUGCUUGAUAGCCGGGACACUAAACACGACUAUGAUCGCCAUAUGGACACAAGUAAUUUGGACGAAGAAACAGAAAUACUGGACGACUUUCAGGAGCUGGCUUUCAGCCUGCGGCAAAAAUAUUCAACAGCCAGUGACAGCACGCCUUUAGCACUAGAACUAUCAUCAGACACUGAGAAAGAUGAACAGGAAUUGAAUGUUAAAGAAGAUGUGCCACACAUUGCUGAGGAAGAAUUGGACAAAAUACCAAAGGCCGAGAGCGAUGACAACCUGACAAUAACGGAUCCUGAAGAAAAGCCAGCUGAGGUUGAAGAGGAACAGCUGGUUAGACCGGACGUUAGCAUGGAGGAAGAUGGUGGACACUUUAAUAAAAACAAAGACAAUCCGCUGAGCUUCAGCACAUCUGAUGAGAUGCAAAAGGUGCCUCAAGCCACCCUGGAAAAUGCCUUUGACAUGGGCCUUGGUGUUGAGGUUGAACACUCACCCUCAGGGUCUAUGGACUCCAUGGAACCAGUGUCCGAAGUGCACGAAGAAGAAGUGGGGUUAUUCUCAACAGGGCUUGUUUACACGGGCUGCAUCCUUGCAAUGAUCACGAAUAAAACUGCAGAGUGGACCACUGUGAUGAUUUCAUUGCUGCCUGAAGAGUGGAAGCCAGGAGAAACUUUGUUUGGCUGUCCUUGGCAAGCUGUUGUCAUCACUGCUUUGGUUGGAGUAUUGACCUUCACCCUCUUCUUCUGGAGGACUGUGCUGGCAAUAAAGAAGAAAGAGUACCUCGUGGAUGAAAAAAGACUCAGAGAGCAAAUCCAGGUGCACAAAAAGGAAAAGGAUGAAGCUCUUGCCAAAAUGGCUGAACUCCAGAAACAGACUGAACAACUGAAAGAAAAUCAAAAACAGUCAAAGGAAACUGUUAGUUGUGCAGUGAAAAACAUGCAAGAGCUAGAGAGUAAAGUCUUACAGGCUGAAACAUUGAAUAAACAGAUGGCAGAGGAAAAGGACAAAUACGCACAGCUACUGGAGGAAGAGCGGGCAAACACUCUCCAAAAUGAAACAAGAAUUGAGAAAUUAGAGAAGUUAAAUGAGAAGCUACAAGCUAACAGGAAAAAGAUUCAGGAAGCGCUCUCUAAGACUACUGUUCUCCUGGAUGAAGCCAAGAUUCGGGAAGAUGCCCGAAACGUUCAACAAAAAUGUCUUGAGAAAGAGUUUGCUGCGUUAAAGGACGAGAACAAAACACUGAAGGUCACCAUUAAAAGCUGGGAGGAAAAACACACAGAGCUUAAUGAGAAGAUUAAAGUCUAUCAGAAGUCCCAGAAAGAACUGGAGGACUCUGUGGUGCUCAAAGAUCACAAUGUGGAGGUGCUGUCUGAACUUCUGUCUGACCUGGAAGCUUGUGAUUUACAAAAAGGUGACACCAAAGUUUUGGCCAAUGGUGAAGUAGCACCUGUGUCUCUUACAGACAAGAAGACGGCCGUAAAGAACAGAAUCAAACAGAUGAUGGAUGUUUCUAGGGUUCAGACCACUCUUGCUGUAGUUGAAGAAGAGCGGGAUCGCUUCAUGACAAAACUACUGAAUGAAGAGAAGUCCAGGAAGGCAAUGGAAGAGCAACACCAGGAACUUGAACAUGCAAUCUCAACCCUGAAAAGUGAGAAGAGCCACAUUGAAAACCAGUUCAAGAUCCUCCAGCAGAAAAACGAAAUCAUGGUCGAAAUGUAUCAGCAGAAGGAAAAUGCCCUGCAGCAGAAAUUAACGAAGGAGGAGCUGGAGCGGCGCAGCAAAGAGAAUCUGCUGUCGGAGGUUGGAGGGAAAGCUGUUGAAGCUGAGGAGCAGGUUAAAAUUUUAAGGCAGCGCAUUAAUGAGAUGGAGGACCAGAUGAAGAAGACUGAGGAAGUCUACAAAGAGCAGAUUAAAGAGCAGGAGAACAAAACUCACUCAAACUGGGUGAACGCUCGUAAUGCAGAGCGAGCUCUAAACCAAGAGAAGCUCGAAUCAUCGAAGCUUCGUGAAAAAUUGGCUGUACUCACCUCUCAGCUCAAUGAGCGCCGCGCUCCUCUCUUCAGACCAAACUCUGGUCAGCCUGCAGGCCCUCGCCAAGGUGACUCAUACGGGCCCUCUCCUGUGAGUGGGGGUGCACCAUCCCCACCUAUAAUGAUUGAGGGUCCCAGGCGUCCUCCUUCUGCCCCAGUUGCACGGAGAAUUGACCCGUUUGGUCCUCGCCCUCCAUCAGAUCCCCAUGGUCGUUACCCUGAAAAACACAUCUCUGGGAUGGACAUGAUGGGCCCACGUAGCUCAUCUCCAGCCAACUUGGAUGCAUCUACGCAAGCAGUAGAUCCACAGAUAAAAACAGAGACUAAGGCUGAGGUCACCACAGAGAAUCCAGAGGCAGGUCCAGGAUCCUUCAUAGCAUCACCAAUCAGGGACUCACCUGGACCCAUGGUCCACGGACCUCCACCUGGUCCUGCACCCUAUGACCCAAUGCUCCCUCCUGGCCGUCUGCCACCACCCAUAGCUUACAGACCACCGCGACCUGGCCCAUAUCACCUCCCACCUGGCCCUCCUCUUCAAGGUCCUCCCCUACCAGCUAAUGGACACCCAGGUAUGCCCCUGCCUGGACCAAUGGGAGGAGAGUUUGGACCCCCCAAUGGACUUGCAAUUCCCCCCAGGCAAGGCCCUGGCCCAGGCAUUGAUCCCCGGGGUCCGCUCCCACCACAAUUCCGUCCCCCUCCACCUCAUCACUUUGGACCGAUGCCUCCUCCACAGGGCAUCCGUGGGCCCAUGGGACCUCGUCCACCCUUCCCUCCUGACAUGCGCUUCCCAUUACCACGUGACCACCCUGGCCAACCUGUGGACCUGCCUCUAGGUGCCCCGCCUCAUCCAGCACAUCCUGGUGAUGCUUAUGGCCCGCCUGCACCCGAUGCCCUCCAGAACUCUGUAGCCGCUCACAGCGUCCCCAGACGAGACCUGCACAUGAAGCAGGAGGCCCCUCAGGACUCAGCCAGGCCAGAAAUGGUCAAGCCUUAAAUAUGCCACUAGCUAUGGCAGAGGACUCAAACACCCCCGUUAACUAAAGCUGUCACAAUAACAACCCAGAUCCAGUACAAACAAAGAUCAUGAUUAUUUUCAUAGUCCAGAUGCAAAUGUUCUUACAGCGAGGCCCGCAGAUUAAAGAAUGAUCAGUUAUGUCUGAAAUGUGAGCUGAAAGGGUUGCCACUUUUCUAAACAGCCUGUGCAAUAACACUUCAUUUUAUGCCAGAUUUUCAUUUGUGUUGAUCUUUAAGAAAAUUAUAUAGCUAUGAUUUUUAAAGGGGCAGAUUUUUUUUUAAAAUGUCAUUUCCUGUGGAAAUUGUUUUUUAAAAUGGAGAAACAGGAGGGAGGUUUAGCUUCUAGCAUUUCAGGAAUACCAUGAUUUUUCCCAAAGCUCUUGCUUUACGUACAAAUUUCAAAGCAAAUGUGUAAUUUGACGGCCAGAUGUAUAACUUAUUUUACUAUGUUGGUAGAACUUUUAUUAAUAAAGAAUAUAAAAGCUGUGUGUGGUAUGUUAAUACUGAGGAUGUUUUUGUAGGGUGUGCGAUGAAGAAUAUAUGUGAAGAAAUAAGGCGUACAUCUGUGCUGUUAUACAAACAUGUUGGUCCGAAAGCUGCUGUUUCGUAUUUACUGUCUACUGCUCAGUGAUUGUGCUGUUGGUGGGACAAGGACAAAAAAGCUGCUCGGUUAACCUGAUUUGCUGAGCUGGGAAGUCGUUCCACCAACAUGUUAAUGUGCUUUUAAGUCAGAAUGUGAAAACGUACAGAGACAAUGUGUUUGCAUUUUUAUUGCUCAGAGUGAUGAUGACAGUUUUUGUUAUUUAAUUACCUGGGGUUUCUUUUUCUGGUUUACAGCUAAAAUGUAACUUUUGUAGCUAAUCCAGGUCCCUCUAUGUGGAGGGAAAGUGUUACAACAGAAUGCCAUAAUUCAAAUUAAAAAUGAGGG